AUGGCAAAUGGACUAAAAUUUGAAACGUCUAUUAAUAAAGAACAAGAGUUAGAAGAUGUUGGGGAGUUGUAUAUAAAUGAGUUGUUGUCGAGAUCUUUCUUCCAAGACGCUUCUGAAAAGCUUCCUAGCUUGCCCUUUUAUACCUUUAAAAUGCAUGAUCUCAUCCAUGAUCUUGCAAUCUUAGUUGCACAAGAAGAGUGUUCAGUAGUAGAGUUGGGCAACAAAGACAUUGUUGGAACAAUUCGUUAUUUGUCAUUUUUAAAAAUGGGUCAAGGAGUUCCAAACUGCUUAGACAAGUUAACAAAGGUGCGCACCAUUAUGCCCACAGGCGUGCAACCACCCCCAGUGUCAUUAGUUGAAGUACGCAUCUCGAGAUUCAACUACUUGCGAUUGCUUGAUUUAAGUAAUUCAUCUAUUGAAUUGUUGCCAAAUUCUAUCGGUACUUUGAAGCAUUUGAGAUAUCUCAACCUCUCUUACAAUAAAUGGAUCAAGAAACUUCCUAGUUCUAUCUGCAAGCUGCACAAUUUGCAAACACUACUACUCCACGGAUGCCAGAGACUUGAACAGUUGCCCAAAGGUACAAGGAACAUGAUCAGCCUUAGGUAUUUGGCAGUAACAACAAAGUAUAUGUGCUUGUUGGGGAAUGAAUCCUUUAACUCUCUUCGGAGUUUGAGUUUAUUUUGUUGCCUGAAACUAAAAGUUGACGGGUGCCUCACCAACCUUCGUACACUGGUGAUAUGUGACUGUUCAAGUUUGACCUCUUUGCCAUUCAAUAUCAAGCACCUAACCGCCUUAGAGUAUCUGGCAAUUUAUCACUGUCCAAUGCUUAGUUUGAUGGGAGGAGAAGAUCACAACCAGGGUCUCAAGCUGAGCCUCCGAAGUUUGUUUCUUGGUAAUUUACCAAAGUUGGAGUUCUUGCCCCUGUGGAUCCAAGGAUAUGCUAAUACUUUACAACACCUAGAAAUCGAAGAUUGUAAGAACUUCAAGGCCUUGCCUGAGUGGCUGCCAACUUUCAAAUCACUUCACACACUUGAGAUUAUUGACUGCCCCUAUUUGUCAUCUCUUCCGGAGGGGACACAUCGUCUCCCAGCGCUAAGAAAAAUGAAUUUUGAAGGAUGUCCUCAGUUGAGUAGGAAUUUAGACGGAAUAAAGUUGAGUCCAAGAAGAUCGCGCAUGUACCAAAGCUUCAGCUCGAUGAGGACACGAGGAUACUUCAACAAAUCAGGCAAGCUCAGUUCUUUCUUCUUCUUCUUCUUGAUUUGGUCGUAA